GUUGUGCUACCGGCUGGCAAUUACAAUAUGAACAGUCUUACCAAAUACAGAGCAAAAGGAAGGUUUCCUGUGCUUAGUUGGGUCGGUCCAAAAAAUCAGUGUUUAGUGCGUAGUUCACAGGCGUUACCUGGCACCUUUGGACAAGUAAAGUGUGAGGACGACAUCUCAAUAUUAGAGUCUUUUAUGAAAAUGUCUGGGUAUAAUUAUUUGUUUGUGUAUGAUGCACGCCCAAAGCUAAAUACAAAGGCAACUCGAAUUCAAGGAGGCGGGAUGGAGAGUUCGUCUGCAUAUCCAUUUUGCUCGUUUGUGAAUUUGGCGAUGGACAGUAUUAAAGAUGUUAAAAACAGUUUUAUGAAACUCCUCAAAACAGUUGUUUUUGAUACCAGAGAGAGUUAUGAAUUUAAAUUGUCCAUUGAAAACUCGAAAUGGUUACAAUCCAUCGACGCAUUAAUUGGGUAUGCUAAGGAUAUUGCAACUAAGUUGUAUUCUGGGUGUUCCAUUCUCAUCCAUUGCAGAAAUGGGUGGGACACGACUUGUCAACUCGUUUCGUUGGUGUUGAUAAUGGUCGAUCCAUAUUACAGAACUAUUGAAGGGUUUUUGGUGUUAAUACAACGCGAAUGGGUAGCAAUGGGUCAUCGAUUCACUUUAAGAACUGGUUGUGGCGUGAAGUGGGAUAUCGACAUACUUCCACUUAUAUCGUCGUACUAUCCAGCACCAAUCAAAAAAUACAACUCGUCUAUCAUUCGUGCAAAUAUCGACAAUUCAAGCGACACAGCAACUUCACCAAUAUUUUUCCAAUUCAUUGAAGCGGUCCAUCACAUCAAAAAAGCACACCCAAACGAGUUUCAAUUCAAAGACAAUCUACUUGUCUUCAUCGCUGACUCUCUUUACAGUGGAAGAUUUUCUACAUUCUAUGAGGGGACAAUCAAAGACUUCAAUUACUCAAAUACACCAAGUAUGUUUGACUACAUUAUGGAAAACGUCCUCACGUUCAACAACCAGGAAUUCAUAGGAAACAGCGUGACGCUUUUCCCCGUCAUCGACAUGUCACAAUCCACUCUUUGGGAUGAAUAUUUUUUCAGAGAAGAGAAAAACGCCAUAAGAAUUCAUCAAACUUCAUAA